CGCGGAUUGGGACCCUCCCCCCUUCGGAGCUGCUGCCCUCCUCUCGUCAUCAGCCCUGCAGGCUCUAGCCAUGUGGCUCUACCUGGCUGCCCUCUUGGGGUUCUACUUCCUUCGCCGAUGGUACCGGGAGAGGCAGACUGUGGAGAACCUCAGAGAGAAAUAUGUCUUCAUCACCGGCUGUAGUUCUGGCUUUGGGAACAAGCUUGCCAGACAGCUGGAUGCCCGGGGGCUGCACGUGUUGGCGGCCUGUCGCACUCAGAAGGGGGCAGAGCAGCUGAAGACGGCCUCAUCAGAGAGGCUGAAAACCACCAUUCUGGACGUCACCAGCACAGAGAGUGUUGCAGCAGCAACCGCAUGGGUGAAAUCGUGCAUAGGGAACAAAGGCCUCUGGGGCUUGGUAAACAAUGCAGGUAUUGCUAGUCCUGGAUGUCCCAACCAAUGGCUGACCAAGGAUGAUUUUGCAAAAAUGAUCAAUGUCAACCUGCUUGGACUGAUUGACGUGACGCUGCACCUGCUGCCCCUGGUGAGACAAGCCAAAGGGAGGGUGGUCAACGUGGCCAGUGUGAUGGGAAGACUGGCCUGCGCUGGAGGAGGUUAUUCCCCUUCCAAAUUUGGUGUGGAAGCCUUCUCUGACAGUUUGAGGCGUGAGCUCCUUCCUUUCAGAGUCCAAGUCAGCAUUGUUGAGCCUGGAGUUUUCCUUACAGCUAUUGUCCAAAAAAUAGAUGAGGACUUCAACACUCUGUGGAGCCGGGUGCCUUCUGACAUCAGAGAGAUCUAUGGGAAGCAAUAUUUUGAUGACUUUCGGAAAUCAUUUCAACUCUUAUGGAAGUCAGGCAGCAAGGACCUCCGCCUGGUCACUGACUGCAUAGAACAUGCCCUGACGUCCUGCUAUCCUCGCACUCGAUACUCUCCAGGCUGGGAUGCAAAGCUCUUCUACAUUCCUGUCUCGUACUUGCCAACCGCAGUGGCAGACUAUGUGCUCGCCUGCUUUGGGAUCAAGCCGGCACAGGCAGUGUAG